GAGAGAGAGAGAGAGGAAGAGAGAGUGAGUGGAGGAGAGCGAGCUAGGUAGAGAUAGGACAGAAUUCUGCUGAAAGGAAGCAUUUUUAGUGGAUGGGAUAAAACCAACCAUGGAAACUACAUCAGAAGAGAACCGAGAGCAGAGCCAGGAGAAAAAAGGUUGCUUCGAGUGCUGCAUCAAGUGUCUGGGCGGGGUGCCGUAUGCGUCGCUGGUGGCCACCAUCCUGUGUUUCUCCGGCGUGGCCCUGUUCUGUGGCUGCGGCCAUGUAGCCCUCACUGGCUCCCUUACCAUCCUGGAGAACCACUUCUCCAAGGUCACCUCUGACCACGCCAUGCUGACCGACGUAAUACAGCUGAUGCAGUACGUCAUCUAUGGCAUCGCUUCCUUCUUCUUCCUCUAUGGGAUCAUCCUGCUGGCCGAGGGCUUCUACACCACCAGCGCUGUCAAGGAGCUGCACAGCGAGUUCAAGACCACCAUCUGCGGACGCUGUAUUAGUGGCAUGUUUGUGUUCUUGACCUACAUCCUGGGUAUUGCCUGGCUGGCUGUGUUUGGUUUCUCCGCCGUGCCCGUCUUCCUCUUCUACAACAUGUGGUCCACCUGCGUCGCCAUGAGGUCACCUGUGGCUAACCUCACCAACAUGGACUCCAUCUGCGUGGACGUCCGUCAGUACGGCAUCAUCCCCUGGAAUGCCACACCAGGCAAGGCUUGUGGGUCCGCACUAGGAGACAUCUGUAAUACCAGUGAGUUCUACCUGUCCUACCACCUGUAUAUCAUAGCAUGUGCUGGAGCCGGGGCCACUGUCAUUGCUCUGAUCCACUUCCUCAUGAUUCUCUCAGCAAACUGGGCCUACCUAAAGGACGCCAGUCACAUGCAUGCCUACCAAGACAUCAAACUGAAGGAAGAGCUGGAGCUGCAUGACGUCACGUCUCGUUCAAAGGAAUGUCUCAAUUCCUACACAUAAGGAUUACGCCCUCACACCUUUAUGAUCACACACACACCCUCAGACCCCCCCGCCCCCCCCGCCCCCCAGGCCAGGCGGCCUGUCGGACCAACAGAACACUCAGCUCCCAUAACCUGAUAGCUGCCCUCAUUCAGCACAGUACUAACACAGCUCCUAACAAACUAAUGCAUCAAUGUCGCUUUCUACAACUAACUGAUCAAGAUGUCUGUGUCGGAACCUCUCUUUUGUGUUUCGGAUGUGAAUAUACUUUUGUUUUUGUAUUUUUUAAAUAAUAAUCUGUUUUAUUUUUUAUCAAAGAUGCAGUUUUGAUUACACCUCAUAGCACAACAUGAAACGCCUUACAACAUCACAGAUAUAUAAAAGGGGUGCAAUGUGGUUUUUUCUAAUUACAUACAAAUUUGGUCCUCCUGGCUCUGAAUGGAGAGCGUAUUAAGAGGAGGAUUGUGAAGGCACCACAACAUUCUAUUGUACAACAGAACAUGCAUGUGUUGGCUUCUUUGACAAAGUCUUUGCGUUACCCCUCUGCCCAUUUGAAACUGUUAGGGUUUAGAAUACUUUUCUCUUGCUAGUAGUUUGACUUGAAAUAGGGAUGAUCAUUCUGAUUCUAGAAUUUCACAAGUUACAUUCAUCACAUACAUUCCAACUAAAAUGUUAAUAUUUUUUAAUUGAAAAGGUAAUAAUGAUGUAAAAUACUAAUUCCCUAAAAGAGGAACUACCUCAUGCCUACGCAGGUCCACUUACUGAACAUUCACAGGUAUUUUAGCUGAGAUAACCACUUGCCCAUGUAACUGUAACCAAACCCGUGGUGUUUUCUUUAUUUAGUUUAAGUCCUUUUAAGAGGAAUCCCUUACGCUUUAGUCCUUACACCUUUAGUCCUUACACCUUUAGUCCUUACACUUUAGUCCGUACAACUUUAGUCCUUACACCUUUAGUCCUUACACUUUAGUCCGUACAACUUUAGUCCUUACACCUUUAGUCCUUACACUUUAGUCCGUACAACUUUAGUCCUUACACCUUUAGUCCUUACACUUUAGUCCGUACAACUUUAGUCCGUACAACUUUAGUCCUUACACCUUUAGUCCUUACACUUUAGUCCGUACAACUUUAGUCCUUACACCUUUAGUCCUUACACUUUAGUCCGUACAACUUUAGUCCUUACACCUUUAGUCCUUACACUUUAGUCCGUACAACUUUAGUCCGUACAACUUUAGUCCUUACACCUUUAGUCCUUACACUUUAGUCCGUACAACUUUUUUUUUUUUUACUUCUUUUUUCUCUGGCAAGUUAAUGGUGCCAAUAAGAAUUCUACAGUUAGACAGACCAAAAUAUUUAAUCUUAAUACAUGGCCAAAAGUGUGAUGCCAUGGUUAAUAAUUAGUAUCGUUUCAGUUUUUCAAAUGCAGCAUUUUUAUAGACAGUCUACGUAUAAUUUAAAAUGUCAUGAUGAAUGUCUUUGUGAGAUGAAAACUAAGGUCACAUUUGACUAGAGAGCAUGAGGAUGGUAUACUACCCUGUUGCACAGAGGGGCUUGAAUGUCCAAAGUAUUGUUGGGAUGAAAAAAUGCUUCUUAUUGUAUAACGUAUGAUCUUCCACAGUUAAUUCCAAAUUCCCAUGUGUGACUUGAAAUUCCCAUGUGUGACUUGAAAUUCCCAUGUGUGACUUGAAAUUCACAUGUGACUUGAAAUUCACAUGUGUGACUUGAAAUUCACAUGUGUGACUUGAAAUUCACAUGUGUGACUUGAAAUUCACAUGUGUGACUUGAAAUUCACAUGUGUGACUUGAAAUUCACAUGUGUGACUUGAAAUUCACAUGUGUGACUUGAAAUUCACAUUUGCAAUUGUUAAAUGUUUAUCCCUAUAACUACAAGAUACAACAUGCUUACAUUUUACUUGGUCGAGAGAAAACUGGUGCGUUGAAACUAAAUGUAAUGUGCAGUGCUUUGUUACCAUGGCAGACCUUAUGAUUUAUACAGUGCAAGGAAGAUGUGUGAACGUUAACCCUUCUACAUUCAGGCUGAGAUAACUCAGUGUUAGGGUGUGGAUCUACAAAAACAGUGCUUGGGUGUGUACAAUGUAAAGAUGUUACAAGUCAGGAGUUUUUUGGUGAUGUUUCAAUCUUUCUAUUGAAGAUAUAACCACUCAAAGAAGAAACAAAGAAACGUUUCUAAAUCGCUGGAAUUGUAUUUCAGUAUUGUUUUUGACGUGCAAUUGUUAAAAUACUGAUAUAAUCACUGAUGUAAUCUUUAUCUGUUAUUUAGAGGAGACUUACAGGAAUAUUGAUGUUUACCCAUUAUUGCGUUAAGGAGAAAACUGUUUCUGCAGUGAUACAGGUGAUGUGUAGUCAUUUGUACUGACAACUAUGGUAGGCAGUGUUUGCCUGUUUCCUUUUUGUUUAUUUUUCUAACAGAGAACAAUUUAAUCCAGGCUAUGUCCACUGUAUGGCAAUGUAAUCCUAGGUGUUUCUUAGUUCUUCUUUUUCCAAGUCUAAAGUAUAUAAUUCCUCUAUAGUAUUUUGUAACCUAAUAGUACAUCCAUAUUUUCUAUUAGUGUCAAGGGCUUCCUUGGGAAUUUAUUUCAGGUGAUACUUAACUCAUCAUAGUAUUCUGAAUAUGACUCAUCCCUCCUCACCAUACGAUUGGAAACGGCAAUCUGACCAUGAAUGGAAAACGGUUCAGCCAAAGUUUAUACGCCACUGUAUGUCUUGAUUGUUUUGUCUCUGAAAUAUUGUACAACAGAUUCAAAAGGUAUAUAGUGGCCUGCAGGAAUAUGACUGAUGUGAAUUGAAUGACAUACCGUCCCAUCAUACAGUGCUUCCUGUGUAGUAAUCAAAAUGGCUACCGAUCAAUCAUCAGGAGGACAUCAAUCCAACGUCCUGUCUGGCUGCGAUCCCCUUUGACAUUUCUCUCUCAACCAGCCUGUUCAUUGUUUUAAUGAAAAUAAAAAAGAGUAAAUGUAACUCCUCAA